AGCAGCGUCCGCCGCGCCCUCCCCGCCCCUCUCGUCUCGCACAGCCGGCGGCUUCACCGGAAGCGCAAGCGGUCACUUCCGCCCGUUGCUAGGUAACGGGGAAGGCAGCUUCCGGGUUGCGGAUGCACUUCCGGGUUCGCCGCGGUGUUACCGGGUCGGGGGCGGCGGCACCACCAUGAGCACCAUGUUCGCCGACACCCUCCUCAUCGUGUUCAUCUCCGUCUGCACCGCGCUGCUGGCCGAGGGUAUAACCUGGGUGCUGGUUUAUCGGACAGACAAAUACAAAAGAUUAAAGGCUGAAGUGGAAAAACAGAGCAAGAAAUUGGAAAAGAAGAAGGAAACGAUAACUGAAUCAGCAGGCCGACAGCAGAAAAAGAAGAUAGAGAGACAAGAAGAGAAACUGAAGAAUAACAACAGGGACUUGUCAAUGGUUCGGAUGAAAUCCAUGUUUGCCAUUGGCUUCUGCUUCACUGCCUUGAUGGGAAUGUUCAAUUCCAUAUUUGAUGGCCGAGUGGUGGCAAAGCUUCCGUUUAUCCCCCUCUCGUACAUCCAAGGUCUCUCCCACCGCAACCUCCUGGGGGAGGAUUACACCGACUGCUCCUUCAUCUUCCUCUACAUUCUCUGCACCAUGUCAAUCAGACAGAACAUCCAGAAGAUGCUGGGCCUCGCUCCUUCCCGGGCUGCCACCAAGCAGGCAGGAGGCUUCCUUGGCCCCCCACCUCAGGCAGGGAAGUUCUCCUGAAGCACAGCCCCCACGGGAAGCCUGACAGUGCAACACGACUGCCUCGGCGAGGUAACCAGACGGGAUUCUGCUCCGGGCAUCACCUGUCCAGAACCAGGCUAUGCAGUAUUGAAAUCAUCACCCAUUUGGAGUAUUCCACCAGCAGUUGUCCGUUCAUCCAACCAAGAAACUUCACUCGGAAGAUAGCGCGACCUUUGUUUCUGAGUAAUAAACGGCAUGGGCAUGUUAA